AUGACCCCAGCCAAUGCCUUUGAAACUAGUGUUGGUCACUUCUGGGGUAUUCUGAACACGAGAGACUAUAUGAGAGCUCGUUUCGCUCUGACUGUCCAGUUGAGAGAAGCUGCUACACUCGACUCAAUCGCUGAAAUGGUUGACCACUACCGAGAUAUGCUUCGAUUAUGCAGAAACGACAACAUGGGUAUUCGGGAUAUCUUGCCUUGUCUACUGUUGCAGCUCGAUCGUGAUCAAGAGUGCUACGACUUUGUGAAGUGGUGGAUGGUUGAGUCCCAGGUGGAAGAGGAUUGGCGCGAAGACGGCGAAUCGUACUUGAGUACUCAUGAUGCCGAUGCAUAUGAAGAUGUCACGUAUUUUGAUCAGAGGUUCCUUGACCUGAAUCAUGCGAUUGCCAUAUUGCUUCUGAAAGUCAAGCUUUUGGUUGACGUACGAAGCCUUCGCUUGUGCCGAAAGGUGCUUGAAGGCAGGAAUUGGCCCAAUGAGAUCAUCGACAAAGUUCAACUAUCAUCGAUCAGCAGUCCGUUAUCUCAAAAGCUGGUUGGUCUGUCAAUACAAGAGCUCGAAGCACUCGAGAACCGAUUGAUUGUGCAGUGUCAAAAGCUCGGAGGCUACACUUGUACAGCCAACUUCCAUUUCUGGCGAAAUUUCUGGGAAGCAAAUGAUCAUCUGGAAGAGAACGGCCUUCCACAGUGUUCCUCACAGGGGUCCUGGGAAGAGAUGCUGCUGGUCUUCUACCACUCACAUCCAGCUUGGUGGCAGACCGAAGGUGUCGUAGAGCUACUCACUAUAGCAGACCGCUUUGCGAUGGGUAUGCGUCUGAAGAACAUAGAUAUGCCUGCGAAGCAGCAAGAGGCACUUAUGAAAGAUAACCCAGCAUUUGGUCCUAAUAUGGUGGGCGAGGUUGCAGGAGGAAGAGAUAUGUGGAUGUGGAUGGAGCGAGCGUUGAAGACGCAGGACCGUUAUCUGAUGUGA